UUAAGCUUACCGCGCGAUCAAUUUAGAUUCGGAAAACAGCUUUGGUUAAUUAAUAAUCCUCAAGAGGAAGACAAUCAGAGAGAUGUUGAUCAGCGUCGUCGUGGUCGUGGUGGUGUGAUCUCAAAUGGGUUUCCGAUUACAAAUCAUUUAAGGUGGCAUUCUUCUGGCCAAAGAUCCGGAGACGAAGGCGACAAGAUUUUCCGGCUUGGUCUCUCCGCUGAUAUUGGCUUGUCUCUCGGCAAAGCUGUCACCGGCUAUCUCUGCGGCAGCACCGCCAUUCUCGCCGACGCAGCUCAUUCCGUGUCCGAUGUGGUUCUAAGUGGUGUUGCUCUUCUCUCUUACAGAGCUGCUAAUGUUCCCAAGGACAAAGAGCAUCCCUAUGGUCAUGGUAAAUUUGAAACUCUAGGAGCACUUGGUAUCUCUUCCAUGCUUUUGGCCACUGGCUGUGGUAUUGCCUGGCAUGCUUUACACCUUUUAUCUACUGCACUUUCCUCAACUCCUGAGGUUACUCACCAUCACGGAAUUGAUAUGAGUCAUCCCUUUCUUGCUGUCUCUGUUACUCUUGCUUCCAUUUCUAUCAAAGAAGGGCUUUACUGGAUCACCAAACGAGCAGGAGAAAAACAAGGCAGUGGAUUGAUGAUGGCUAAUGCUUGGCAUCACCGAUCAGAUGCUAUUUCUUCUCUAGUUGCCCUUGUUGGAGUUGGAGGUUCUAUUUUCGGAGUCAAUUUCUUAGAUCCUCUAGCUGGCCUUGUUGUCUCGGCUAUGAUUUUCAAUGCCGGACUGGAAACAGGACACCAAAGUGUCUUGGAACUGGUGGAUGCUGCUAUACCAGCACAACAAUUAGAGCCUAUAAGACAAACCAUAUUACAGGUUGAAGGAGUCAAGGGAUGUCAUCGGCUAAGAGGUAGGAGAGCUGGUUCAUCGUUGUAUCUUGAUGUACACAUUGUAGUAGAUCCUUUUUCCAGUGUGAGUGUUGCACACGAGGUAGGAGAAUAUGUACGAGGACAGAUUAAUAAGAACCACCCUGAAGUGUCUGAAGUCUUUAUACAUAUAGAUCCAGCCUUUUUACAGUUUUCUUGUAGCAUGAUAGAGGAUCAUGACAGUACGAGGAAUGAAAGUAAUCAAGAAAGUAACAUCUGCCGAGAGAUUAAACAUGUUGAAGCCACCGUCUCAGAUAUUUUUUCGUCACAGUUCUCUGAGGUACUCCUCUGUUUAUUUUUUGCUAUAAUCCAGACCAAACCCANCCUGGUUUCAGAUCUUUCUGGUGAAAUUUCUCGAUCUUCGUUUCUUCGACAAUAG